CCUCCUUCAACGCUUCAGGCCUCCGACAUGAGGCGGGAGUCUCUACAGGUAAAAUUGCAUUAGAAGCAUCGCGGGUUGGCGGGGCUCGCGUUAAGGAACGUGCCCAGGAGGCUUCAGACCCUGGAGAACUCCUUGUCUGAUGAGGGCGGCGGUGAUAUCCAGGGCCAACCCUCUGGUUGGUGUUCCACCAGUUUUUUCAGACCUUGGAUUCCUUAUCCAAUGGUUCCUUGUCUAAUGUCGCCAUCGUGUCGAACAAGGGCUACGCGAAGGUACCUGUCGGUGCAUUGGCUGUGCCGCCCGAGGAAGCGAGGGUACGCUGGGCUACUGCGCCGAGGAACGUGCAGGCGGGCCUUGGCUGGGAUCGUGUUCCUGGGCCGCCUGUGCGCGCGGCUGCGGCCGCUGCUGGCCCCACAACCGCCAGUGCCGCAGCCUGUUUCGGCGGGCAUGAGGCCUGUCGGGGUUGCGGGCGCCGCAGCGGAGACGGACUCGGAGCAGGUGGCCUUCGGCGCUGGGCUGCCCCGCGGUGCCGCCGUGGUAGCGGCGGCUGGCUUCGCCGAUAGGGCGGAGGCCGAGCGGCGCGGGCGAGACGCCAUGGCGCGGCGUGCGGCCCAGGCGCGGCGUUGCCGCUGAUAAUUGUAUGCUUGCGAAUGAUUGUUCCUUUAUGUUUGUGCCGGUCAACGGAAUUUCCGCCACCG